GCCUUGACCAGCGCCUCCUCUUUUGCAGUGAGCAUCAUUUCUGCAUGGGAGUGACUAGGGCCGCCCCACGGUGGCACCCAGAAGAGUUUGCCGGGGUAUCGACUGUGCAGUCUGGGGCCGCAGCUUGUGAUAAAUUCUGUACUUGACUGAGCCUACCCCUCCAUAAAUUUGGAUUCAUUCAGACAGCAAUUACGUCCAUUUGCCGGAUAUUCUGACUCCUACUGGUGUUCUGAUGGGUGACGCGAAGAUGCCUGACUUAUAUACCACUUCGUUCGCCUUCUUCGAGGCUUUGUGGGAUGCUGGUGUAAGGUAUUGCUUCGUCAAUUUGGGCUCAGAUCACCCCAGCAUCAUAGAGGCGAUGGUAAAGGGCCAGAAGGAAAAGAAAAAUGAGUUCCCGAGGAUAAUAACGUGUCCUAAUGAGAUGGUUGCUCUCUCGAUGGCCGAUGGCUAUGCCCGAUAUUCAGGAAAGCCUCAAGCGGUAAUCGUGCACGUUGAUGUGGGAACACAAGCACUAGCAGCUGCCGUGCACAACGCGAGCUGCGGCCGCGCACCUGUACUUAUCUUCGCGGGCCUGUCGCCGUACUCCUUCGAGUCCGAGCACAGAGGUAGCAGGACGGAGUACAUCCAUUGGAUCCAGGAUGUACCUGAUCAGAAGGCCAUUGUGUCGCAGUAUUGCCGCUAUACAGGGGAGAUAAAGACGGGCAAGAAUGUAAAGCAACUCGUCAAUCGGGCUCUCACCUUUGCACGUAGCGAUCCUCAGGGCCCAGUCUAUCUUUGUGGCGCUCGAGAACCAAUGGAACAAGACAUCGAGCCUUAUACGCUCGACCAGAAAUAUUGGGAGCCGGUGGAACCACCCGCGCUUCCACUCAGUGGCGUGAAGAAAAUUGCUGAAGCUCUCGUGAAUGCAAAGGAGCCUCUACUCAUUACUGGCUACAGCGGACGCAAUCACGAUGUGCCUCCUUUGCUUGUCAAACUCGCAGACACAGUCAAAGGCCUAAGGGUCCUGGACACAGGUGGCAGCGACAUGAAUUUCCCAGCAAAUCACCGAGCUUGGCUGGGAUUGAGAUAUGGCGUGGAUGAAUCCAUCAAAACAGCGGAUAUGAUCCUCGUCCUUGACUGUGAUGUACCGUGGAUAAAUCAUCACAAUACUCCCCGAUCAGACGCCGUCAUCUACCACGUCGACGUAGAUCCGAUCAAGCAGCAGAUGCCAGUCUUUUAUAUCAACGCCUUGGCUCGGUACAAAGCCAGCAGUUUCAAUGCAAUCACGCAAAUAUUAGACUACAUAGAAUCAAACGCAGCGUUAAAAGAAACGCUGAGCGCCUCGGAUAUAAACGAGCGUUGGGAAAGACUGGGAGAGUCAUAUACCAAUAGACUAAAGGCAAUUAAUAGCCUUGCCAAACCGAAAGACGACGGCACAUUUCUGACUCCGUAUCUGAUCAGUAGAGUACGGCAUCACGUUCCUCAAGACACAAUUUUUGCUGUUGAAGCUGUGACGAAUGGCCCGACGGUGUCAGAUCACCUGCAGGUUACGAUACCAGGAUCAUUGGUAAAUUGCGGAGGUGGCGGUCUAGGUUGGAGCGGGGGAGGAACAUUGGGAGUCAAACUGGCAACAGAUGAUCUUGGAGAAAAGAAAUUCGUUUGCCAGAUCGUGGGAGAUGGCACAUACCUCUUCUCCGUGCCUGGAUCCGUGUACUGGAUAUCCGCGAGAUAUUCCAUUCCGGUUCUCACUAUCGUGCUUAAUAACAAAGGUUGGAAUGCACCACGUAAAUCGCUGGAGCUCGUGCACCCGCACGGUCUAGGCUCGAAGGUCGACAACAAGACGAUCAACAUCAGCUUUGAGCCGACACCAGACUAUGCAGGCAUUGCAAAAGCUGCGGCAGGUGGGAAUUUGUACGCAGGAAGAGCAAGCACUGCGGACGAGCUAGAAAGAGUGCUGAAGGAAGCGGUUGAAAGCGUUAAGAAUGGUGUCAGCGCCGUGGUGGAUUGCCAAUUAGAUGGUCCACAAGGAAAAUUUAACGGAGAAGGCAAGAGUCUAGGCAAUUAAGCAAUGGUAUAUCCAGGUAUUUGGAUUUCUCACCUUAUUUUACCGUUGGUGAAUACGAGAUAAUGAUUCGGAUCACUGUGAUGACUUGAUUCACCGCGCAGAUUAGGUUGUUUGUCCAUUGCGUGCGGGUUUGUCAUAACUUUGUACGUGUGACGUCCACGUUCACAAGAGGUGAAAGUAUCA